AUGACUAAUAAUUAAAACCGUAAUAUACUACAUAGAGCAUGCAUAAAAUAGAAUCAUAAAUUAAUUAAUAAACUUCUUGAUGAUUUCUAAGAAAUAUUAAGAAAUACAUAAAUAAAAUUAAUUAAUAAUAAAUAAAUUUCACUCAACUCCUAUAUUAAUGAAUAAGAUAGGUUUCAAAAUACGCCUUUAUUAAUGACGUGUCUAUAUAAUUAUUCUAAUUCAUUAACAGAAAGACAUUUAUGUAUAUAAAUUCUAAUAUAACAUGGUGCAAAAGUAAAUUAAAGGAAUAAAAGAACACUUUGGUCAGCCUUACAUUGGUGUGCAUAUUACGGAGAUCCUCUUUCAGUAUAAUUAUUAAUUGAAAACGGAGCUUUCUCAUGUUUUCCUGAUUGGAUAGGACAAUUUCCGAUUGAUUUAGCGGCUCUUUCAGUCCAAAAUAGUAGUAAGGUAGUCGAGAUUAUCACUAAGGAAGUUAUAUAGAAAAUAUAAAAAGUAGAAGGUUAUAUAUAAAGCUAAAAAAAUAAUCUUUUAGAUUUAGAGUUCCCUUUAUCAGAUUGCUUUUUAGAAAAUUAAGAAGAUUAUUUAUUAUAAAAUUAAAGAAAAUAUUUAUUAUCUCCAAUUUUAAAAUAUAGAAUUAUUUUUUGGUCGGCUUUUUUUAAAUUAGAAUUAAAUUUAAUAAAAAAAGCUUGUAGUUUUUCAAGAAGUUUUAUAGUAGUUAAAAUGUAAAAUAAUUAGUAAAUGAAUAGUUUACAUGCAACUGUUGUAGGUCAUUUAGAUAAUUAAAAUAUUGAGAUUUUAGAUUAUUUUAUAUCUUUAUUAAUGAAUUAAUUAAAAAUAAAAAAAACGAAAAAUUUCUAAUAUGCAAAUUAAUAAAAAAGAAAAUUUUCUUAUUAAAAUAAUGAUGUAUUAUUUUUAUUUAAAUAAGAAUAAAAAUUUUAUAAAAAAUAAUUUCUUGAUGAAAUUAGAUAAUUUGAUAAAUGGGAAUAAUUAAUGAAUUCUCCCUAGUUCAAUAGUAUUUAAGAUUUUUUAAAUUUGUAAAAAAAUAAUAUAUAUAUAUUUUUUUUUUAUUUUUUAUUUUUUAGAUAAGAUUUAUACGGUAAUACCCCUUUGCAUUUAUCAUUUAUAAAUGGAAAUAUGAAAGCUGUAGAACUUUUAUUAACAAAUGGAGCUUUUAUAGAGAAAGAGAAUAAAGAAGGAUGGUAGGCACGAGAACUUAUAUAAUUUAAUGAAAUAGAUAUUGAAUACGAAAAAAAGUUAAUAGAAAUUGAAAACAGAAAUAAUAAAAGAUUUCAAACAAUGGAAUAUAAUUUAAAUAAGGCAUUUUAGAAGAUAAAAGCAACAAAAAUAGGUGAAACAUCUAAUAUAUUAAAUUCUUAAUUAUAUAAUUUUGGAAAUUAGAUUUAUGUUCCGGAUUAUGUAAUUGUUUUUAACACAGAAGCUUAAAAUACGAGCGAAAAUCCUAAUUAACAAGAAGCAUUAAUUAAUAGAAUAAAUUUCUAAAUAAAUCUUUUAAAAAAUUCAGAUUUUUAAGUAUACCUAAUGGAAUCUCUUUAUCCAAAUAAAUUAUAUGUAAUGUUAUGUAUGGAAUAAGAUAAAUUAAGAAAAGCUUGUUAAGAAAAUAAAAUGUUAAUGAAAAAAAUAGAUUCAUACGAUUAUGAAGUGUAUAAUAUUGAUUAAAAGCAUAAAUUUGAACCUUUUCGUUCUAAAUAAAGAUAAGAAAUUAUUGAAUAAUCUUUAUAGAAGAUAAUAAAUUUAUAAGAUUUAAAAAAUUAAAAGUUAGUUUAUUGUUAUUAUAAGAUGCAUAAAUACGGUGGAAUGGCUAAAAUAAAAGAUAAAUGGAUCGAAAAUACUAAAUGGUAUUUUCCAUAGCCUUUAAACUAAAUGGAUGAUUAUUUAUUAGAAGGAAAAGGCUAAAACUUUAAUUCUGUGACAUUAUUAAGGUAAUAUUUUGGUGAAAAAAUCGCUUUUUUUUUGGUUGGAAAAGUUUUACAACAUGCUUUUUGGUUUUUUUAGCAAUUCCAGGUUUAGGAGUAUAAAUUUAUGGCCUUAUAAUAAAUUAAUUUGACCAUAUAUUUAUUCCAUUUUGGGUAUUCUUCGUGA